AAGAAAUUAAUCGUGUGAAAAAUGAUAUUGAUAGGUAUAAGUCUGUUGGCACUGCGAUCGGGCUAAACAUUCGAAAAAAUGACUCAAGAUCAAAAUUUUACUUACAUCAAGUUAAUGCUAAGGAACUUGGCCAUAAUUUACAUUUGAAAUAUAAGCGUUUAGUUAAAGAAGAACAAGUAUACAAAACAAAUGAAGAAAUUUUAAAAGCUAGUCGAAAAGAAGUCAAGAAACGAAAAUCGAAAACUCGAAAAGAAAUCAGAAAUGAAAAGUUUGAAAAAGAAAGAGUUGAAAAGAUGUCAAAAAAGAAAAAUCGAAAAGAAAAGGUCAAAAGAAAAGUCGAAAAGAAAAGGUGA